AUGGAAGCUAGCUCAUCGCCCAUGAAACGACGCGCCGUGCUCGGCUCCAAGGACGCGAACGCGGCGUUGACAACACCAAUCGCAAGCAAAACGAUGAUGAUGGGAUCGCCAAUGCUACUGACGCCGUCAGCUCUGCUAGUGAGCAGCCCGCUGAUUGGGAGUGAGUCUUCAAAGGGAAAGAAGCGAACGGCUGAGAAAGACGGCGGGGAAGUGGUGGAUGAGAGUCCAGAGCCAAAGAAGACGUGUGUUGAUGGGGCUACGCGAUCAAGGUCACCCAGUCUUGAGACGAGCUCCCUGUUCGAUAGCUCGGCCGGAGAUGCUUCCUGGACUACGACAACAGAACCAGAUAUCAUGGCAGCCACAACAGCAGCAACUUUACUGGCUGGAACAAGGCCUCGAGCUUUGACUAGGGAACAAGCCAGAGAGAAAGCAGAAAUCCUCCGUCUACGACUCGGUCUCGCGGGGUACAAGCUGCGCACUGGCCAAACCUCCGUUCCCCUCUCCGAACUCCAGCGCAAACCUCUCCCCCCCUCGAACACGACCACGACGCGCAGACGAGCAAAUACAAUUGCCCAUGCGGCACGGACGAAGACACACUCUAGGGUCCGAAGCGUGGACUCAAUCCCACAUGUGCCGGCGCUAUCGCAGGAAUCAUCAGUGUCGUCGGUUGGAUCAGACGCAGUGACUAUUGCUGCCUCUCAGGAGAGCGUCGUUGUGGAAACAAGAGGAAACACGCCCGACCACGUCGAUGGGCAGGAAGCUGGGAACGAAAAAGACAAGGCUGUUCUGCUUGCAAUCAGUGAAACACGCAACUCUUUGAAUGAUGAUGAUAACGAGGAUGUCAGCACGGCAGUUUAUACAGAGCAGAGAUCUCUGUCCAUGUCCAUGCAAGGGCGCAUUUCAUUGUUCGUGUUUCCCGUCCAUUCCCUUCCCAUCAACGCCUGAAACUGACUACUACUACUACAUGAAUGCCAUAUGCCUUUCUGCUAACUUUAAUUCACAAAACACCCCAAACCAGCCAUUUAGUCAACCAGGAUCUUGGGCUCAAUCUCGCCGUAGCUUCCAAAGAACUGGCUGAACAGCUUGACAGCGUUGCCAAUGUCCGCCGUGCCGCCCGUCUCGCGGAUGCUGUGCAUGCUGAGCUGGGGGUUGCCCAGGUCGAGCGUGCGCAUGCCCAGCUUGGCGGCCAGGCCAGGGCCGAUGGUGCUGCCGCAGGGCGAGUCGUUGCGGACGACGAAGAGCUGCAGCGGGACGCCGGCCUUGCGGGCGCACUCCUGGAGCAGCACGAUGCCGGGCGAGUUGGUGGCGUAGCGCUGGUUGGCGUUGAUCUUGAUGACGGUGCCGCCGUUGAUGGCGGGCUGGUGCGACGACUCGUACUUGCCGGCGUAGUUGGGGUGGACGGCGUGCGCCAUGUCGGCGG